UGAGACUAUACCUCCCACUAAAUCCUUCUGAGAUACUUUGAUUACGGGUAAUGCUUCCGUUACUCCGCCUUUGGUGACGUAUGAAGAACUAGUUGCGGCAAAUCCAGACUCUCCGAUGGUAGCAGAUGGAGUGGAGCCGUCGCAAUCGAAGGUUCCAAAAGUCCGAAUUCCCAAAUCUAUUUGGCAACGACUUUGUGCCCCAUGGAAGAACGCUGUCAUUAUAAAGCUUUUGGGCAAAUCCAUCAAUUUUCGUAUUCUUCAUUCCAGAUUACUCAAGGAAUGGCGAACGGAACAGGAGUUUGAAGUUAUUGAUGUUGGUUUGGGCUACUUCAUCGUGCGAUUUGCUACACCAGAGGAUUGUUCCAGAGUUUUGACUGGAGGCCCCUAUAAGUUUUUUGAUCAUUACUUGGCUGUCCAACCAUGGGAACCAAGUUUUCACCCAGCAAGAGCCAAAGCUCCCAAGACUGCAGUGUGGGUUAAGCUUCAUGGUGUGCCAUCAAUGUGUUAUCAGGAGGCCAUAGUUUUAUAUCUUGCGAGCAAACUCGGCAAACCAAUUAAAGUGGACAGUGUCACACUCUUAGGGACUAGGGAGAAGUUUGCACGUGUUUGUGUUGAAGUAGAUCUCAAUCAGCAAUUGCCAUCCUCAGUUGAUUUAGAUUUGGAGGAUUUACCUCAAAUACUCAUUCCAGUGGAAUAUGAAAGUUUACAUAGGAUUUGCUUCCAUUGUGGAGAGUUUGGGCACACGGAGGAUUCCUGCCAUUAUAAGAACCCAGAGAAGUCAAUAAUGACCGGCAAUUCUUGCACUCGAGCCAUGAUAGAACUUAGUCAAGCUUUAAAACCAGAAAUGGCAGAGUAUAACAUGGUUUUUGGCCCGUGGAUGGUGCAGCAACGUAAGCCACGACGACGAAGUCCGAUUAACUCCAGACAGCCUCAAUUGGAAGACAAAUCUUCUACCCAGCAAGCUAGGGUUCCGUCUGCUGUAGGACCGGAAAUCUCGGGGAAAUCUGUUGCAGUUGAUAAACAUGGUAGGCGUAAUGGGGGGCUUAAUUCCCAGGCAAAUCGGUUUGAGGUAUUUGCGGAGGUGAUGGAGGAGGAAACUGAUCUAAUAACUGCCAUUCAUGGUCAGACCGUUCUGGCGGGAGAAUCCUCAAAAGCAAAUGAGGCCUUGGCUCCAAUGGAUGUUGUUUCCACACCAGUUACUGAAGCCCAAACAGCCACAAAGGCCCAAAAUUGCCCCGAACAAACAGUGUCUCCAAUUCCUCCUCCAGCUCCUUCUACUGGCUUUGUUAAGUCCAAAACGAAGCCUCCUAAGAGGAAGGGCAAGACUUUAGGCCCGAUGCUUAAAGACACCAAGGUUUCUACUCAAAAGCCUUAUGAUUUGCCUUCUGCACUCAAGAAGCAUCUAAACCACUCAUUACCGAAGCUGCCUUCAAUCCAAUCUACCACGCAGUGCUCAUUGGGUGAUUCUGUCUCUUUAGCCGUGCUUCAACCCUCGUCCCCAUCACCUUCGCCUUCUUCCUUAGCCACUCCACAACCUCCAGCCCAAACGACAACUCCAACCUCAAUCCACUCUAAGUCAGUAGUGGCGCAUUCCCAAGAUGUCUCUGCUCCUCCAUCAGAAAUAUCUCCUUUGCCACAUCAUGUUGGCCAAGUGCAUACUCCGGCUAUUCCUUCAACUACAGCCGUUUUCCCAUCAUCUAACUCUUCCACAACUGCUCUAAAUUUCAUGAGGCGGUUUGGGUUCGAUAGAGAUCGUCAGAUUUUCUCACAAGGCAUGGCUGGUGGUCUAUGGUUAUUUUGGUGUUCAUCGGCUGUAUGUUUAGAUAUUUUACAUAGUUCUCCUCAAUUUAUUCAUUGUGUUGCCUCCCAACAACAAGCUGCUUGUUUGUUUACUUUUGCUUAUGUUCAGCCGCAUGUCAUUCAAAAGGACUCAUUUUGGUGCCAGUUGAGGGAAGUUGCGUCACUUACAACUGAGAAUUGGAUAGUGAUGGGUGAUUUUAACGAUAUUCUCACAGUAGAAGAAGCUUCUCCUCGUGCAACGAGAGGAUUUAUUCGCACCCAGCAGUUCAGAGACAGAGUUUCAAGUUGUGGAUUACACUCUAUUGAUUCCCUGGGUUGCAAGUUUACUUGGGUUCGUAAGCAAAAUGGUAGAGUAGUGCUGCGGGAAAAGCUAGAUAGAGCACUUUUCAAUCUUAAGGCUCUUGAGUCUUUUCCGGGUGCUAAGGUGUUUAAUCUUCCAAGGUUAUGUAGCGAUCACCACCCUCUUCUACUGUGUUUAGACUCUUCAUCACUAAUGCGUAAGGCCUUUAAACCUUUACGUUUUGAAGCUGCGUGGUUAACCCAUGUUGAUUUUGGUCAAGUUUUUACAAAUGCAUGGUUUGCACAUGGAGCACUAAUUGCAAAUGCCAUUAAGUCCGUGCAAGAGGUGUGUAUGCAAUGGAAUAAAGAGGUAUUUGGUGAUAUUUUUCGUAGGAAAAGACAAUUAAAGUGCCGUCUUGCAGGCAUUCAGAACUCUGUCCAUUAUCCCACUUCUAGAUUCUUGCAAGGCCUAGAGUCUGAUCUAUUAACAGAGUAUCAUCAUGCUCUUCAGUCAGAGGAGUUGUUCUGGUGUCAAAAGUCACGUGUAGAUUGGAUUGCUUCAGGUGACAGAAAUACGAGCUACUAUCAUGCAUCCACCAUGGUUAGACGGAAUAGAAACAGAAUCUCGGUCUUGAAAGUUGAUGGCAACUGGGACACUCAAGCUUCUCAUAUAGAUUAUUCUGCUUUUCAACCACGACUUUCUGAAGCUGAUAGUACUGCUCUCUUGCUGCCUGUGUCUCUUGAAGAAGUCCGCUCUGCUCUAUUCUCCAUGAAAGCUCUUAAAAGCCCAGGACCUGAUGGUAUACAGCCCAUUUUUUAUCAAAAGCACUGGGAGGUGGUAUCUGAUACUCUGCUAUCUUUCAUUAACUCUGCUCUUUUAGAUGGUCAUUUUGAACUUUCUCUACUUCAAGCGCACAUAGUUUUAAUACCAAAAGGUGACAAUCCUGAUGUUAUUCAAAAGUUUCGCCCUAUUUGUCUGCUGAAUGUGGCUUAUAAAGUGCUUUCUAAAGUUAUUGUGAAUCGAUUACGACCUUUAUUACAGCAGCUAAUCGGGCCCUUUCAAAGCAGUUUUCUUCCAGGAAGAAGUACUACAGACAAUAUUUUACUCACUCAAGAAGCUGUUCAUUCUAUGCGAAGGUCUAGAGGUAGAAAAGGUGCUCUUGUCUUCAAAAUUGAUCUUCACAAGGCCUUUGAUAGCGUUGACUGGGGUUUUCUUGGUAAUGUUUUGUAUGACUUUAACUUACCAACUCCUCUCAUUCGGCUGAUUAUGUUUUCAGUAACAUCUCUGCAGCUUAGUGUUCUUUGGAAUGGGGAAGAGUUACCUUCUUUUCAACCUCAAAGAGGCUUACGUCAAGGAGAUCCACUAUCCCCAUAUCUUUUUAUUAUGGUUAUGGAAAAACUCUCUCACAAAAUUCAAAGUCGGGUGCAAUCCCGGAUAUGGCGGCCCUUCAAACUAUCUAGGGGAGGUUUAGAGCUUUCACACCUCUUCUUUGCUAAUGAUCUUAUGCUUUUCUGUUCUGCAACUCAAAAUCAAGUGGCAAUGGUUAUGGACUGUUUAAGAGAGUUCUCACUUGAAUCUGGAUUGGACAUUAAUCUAGCUAAAUCUCAGCUUUAUGCCUCGCCAAAUUUGCAAAGGCAUGUAGCAGUGUCUCUCAGUAAUGCUUGUGGUAUCCCUUUAACAAGUGAUUUGGGAGUGUAUUUGGGAGUUCCCAUAUUACAUGGAAGGCAAUCAAAGACCACCUAUAAGUAUUUGCUAGAGAAGAUUCAGUCAAUCCUUCUUCCGGAUUAUGUUUGUACAGCUAUUGAUCGAUUGAAUAGAAAUUUCCUUUGGGGAUCUGAUGUGGCUAACAAACCUCACUUGGUUAAUUGGCACUCUAUUUGCUUGCCGAGAGAUCAAGGAGGUCUUGGAAUACGUUUAGCAAAAGAUAAUAAUCGAGCUUUAAUUGCAAAGCUUGGUUGGCAAUUGCUUUCCCAUUCAGAAAAACCUUGGUGUAAGGCUUUUACAUAUAAAUAUUUACAGCAUGAGAGUUUUAUGAGUUGCCGCAUAAGCUCAGCAUGCUCUGCUACAUGGAAAAGCAUCUUAAAAUGUAGAGAUGUUUUGAAGUUAGGACUGUGUUGGAGAGUUGGAACCGGUGAGAACAUCAAGUUUUGGCAAGAUACUUGGGUUGGUGAUAAGCCUUUGCUGGACACUGCACUGAUUCCAGUACUUGAAGAUCAGAUUGAUGUCCCUGUUUCUCAUGUUAUUCUGCAAGAUCGGACUUGGAAUACAUCUGUUUUGCAGCAACUCUUACCCCAACCUGCAGUUGAACAAAUCUUGGCAUUACCUUUGCCAACCUUUGGACAACAGGAAGAUGGGAUUUAUUGGGCCGGCUCACACAAUGGUGUUUUCUCAGUCAAAUCAGCUUUUUACUUGAUACAACACCAAUCCAUAUUACUGCACAAUCAUUUUGGGAAUUGGAGUUGGAUUUGGAAAUUGCAGUGUGUUGAAAAAAUAAAGUUGUUUAUUUGGCUUCUGAGGAGAGGACGGUUAUUCACAAACUCCCUUCGUUUUGAACGGCACUUUGCAUCUUCACCCUUAUGCCCAAGAUGUGAACAAGCCCAGGAGACACCUUUGCAUUUACUCAGGGACUGUUAUUAUUCUCGCCUGGUAUGGGAAUCUACAUCAUUUUUACCGUCAGACUUCUUCAAUUUGGACUUGAAUGCCUGGCUUCUACAGAAUGCUAUUUCCACUUCAUCUUUAGAAGAGUCUCAUCAGAGAUGGUCCAUGUUGUUCCUUGCCCUCCUUUGGUACAUUUGGAAGAGCAGAAAUGCUCUGAUUUUUGAGGGCAAGCGAUAUCCUCCUCAAACCGUGCUUCAGCAAGCUACCUCCUUAGCUUUGAACACAAGAUUAGCUUUAGCAACACAAAUAUUGGGCCAUUCUCGAGCACCUCGUUGGGUUAGAUGGUACCCACCUGAUUUACCUUUCCUUAAGCUAAAUACUGAUGGGGCCUUGAGCCAUGUUGUGGAGAAGGCUAGUGCUGGUGGCUUGAUUCGUGAUCAUGAAGGUCGUUGGGUGCAUGGGUUUGCCUUGAGUAUUGGACAUCAAUCCAGUUUUAUAGCAGAGCUAUGGGGAUGCCGUGAAGGUCUGCGCAUGGCUUUUGAUUUGGGUAUUACUCAUUUAAUCCUAGAAAUGGACUCCCUAUUGGUUGUUCAAAUGCUCCAGGCGAGGAAAGGGGUGGAAGGCUUAGCUUCAACUCUGUUUUCUGAUAUCCUUCAUCUUUUAGACAAUUUUUCAGAGUAUCGUAUUCAACAUACUCUUAGGGAAGGCAACUCGGCAGCAGAUUACAUGGCUGCUAUUGGACAAAACCUUUCUCAGGAUGUCACUUUGUUUGUAACGCCUCCUGUUGGUAUUAGCAGUAUCCUCCGUAGGGACGCCAUAGGGACUUCGUUCCUUCGGGCUUAACUUCCUCUUAUCUUGAUCUUAUAAUCUCUUAUGUACCAAAAAAAAAAAAAAUCAGUUUCAUUUUCUCUCAACUUUUUCAACUUUUUCUCUUCUCCACUCCCGCUAUGCCCUCUUUCAUUCUCUCUGAUCCUUGUCUUUGACGGUAGUCAAAAAUUAAAUUAAGUGGCACAUAAUAAAUUAUGUCAUAUGAU